AUGCCAUUGCAGGCCAUUGCAGGCCCCCACUUACCGCUCUCGAGGCCCGCCUUGGAUCGCAGUGAGCGCAUGAGCUCGUUGCAGGGCUGGUUCGAGACCGAUGACCGCGACACCAGGCUAGCCCUGCAAGUGCUUAACAGUUACGGCAUCACACGAGGUCGGUCUGCUCCCUGGUCAACGGGUCACGUGGUCAUAGCGGGCGGGCCCGACGUCCAGAUGUUGACAUUCCCUGAGGCCCCUGCCUAGAUGUCGAACUCGCAUUCGUAAACAUCACGCACCUCGCACCUCAUCCCGAUCUGACACCUCGGAUCUUGCAACAACUGCAUCAGCGUGCGAUAUCGCGGCUCGCAGCCGAACCGAUCGCUGGCUUGAGUCUGGUCGAGCAAUUCCUAGAUGACGCCCCGGAACAUGCAGAGUUGCCCGGACCAUCGUCAAGAACAAUCAGCUCGACCAUUCCAGACCUUGACGAGCUGUUGCAAGGAGGUUGGAAGCGAAGCGAGCUGAUCGAGAUCGCCGGCCCUCGAGCUUCUGGCCGUCACUUGCUCCUCUUGCACGCGAUGCUGCACGAUCUGGCCGUGAACCCUACCCAUCGAGCCCUCUACGUUCAUUCGGGAACCCUCGACGUCCAACGCUGCCUGCGAGUGCUCAUGUCCAUCAUCGAAGGGCUUCGAUCUCGUGGCGCCUCGUUCACUCGAGAAGAAGACGGCGCCCAAGUCGACACCCAAGAAUUCGCAGUGGAUAUUCUUAGGCGCUUGUCCGUGGCUCAACCGACCCUGUCACCCCAACAGGCACUUGAGCACGUGGAGACUGAACUAGGUCGAACGGAUAUUGAUGAGUCACUUGCUCUAUCAUGUAUAGUCAUCGAUCCGAUCGAUGCCCUGCUAGGAGGAAAGAUUCUCUCCGAUAAGUCUGCAAAGGGUAAGUCGGCGCGUGACACUACGGAUCAUGGUAGCUCUCAUGUUACCCCUUUCUGUGCCUUACUUGCAUUGCUUUAUCCCCAACUUUGUCACCAGGGUACGCCAUGAUGGCGACUUUCAUGGGCAGAUUGAAAGAGAUCGCUUCUUCGGCAAAAGAUCGGCCCGUCGUCUUUGUACGUCCGAAAAGAUGAAAUAACUCAUUCCUCAAACGUUCCCCUGCUAAUUAACCAAUAACCCACCUCUCAGUUUAUCAACUCGGGCAGUGCACCUUCAUCAUACACCAACAGCGCCAGCGGAGUAUCCCGUGUUUCCAUCUUCCCCACCAUCCCUCCUCCCCCAUCAGCGCCACCUCCACCAGCCCUCCGACCCUCUUUAGGCACGACCUUCACCUACCUCACGGACAUGACGCUCUGGUUUACCCGCGCGGAUCAUAUCUGGACUUCGAUAGGAUCAUCUACUACGCCAAUCAAAACAAGAUUCGUGAUUGAACUGGUUAGGAGUAGAAGAGGCGAAUCGGGGGGAUGGACGAUGUUUCAAUCGGUGAGUGUAAUCCGUAGAGCCCUUAUGAGAGAAGUGGGCUGAGUUAUAUUCGAUGUCAUCAUUCGCACAGCCGGAUGGGAUUUCUCUCCUCCCCGAAGAAUGA